AUGUCUGAAGACUGGGAGAGCGUCACCCGCAUUGGCAGCAAGGUCCGCGGCCCCGGCAGUGGAGGCGUCGACCGCGAACGUGUCGUGAAGGGCAAAUCGGCCCUCAACGCCGCCCAACGGUCCGGCGCCAUCAUCGGCACCGAGAAGAAAUUCUCCAGCGCCAACACUAAAUCAGCAACCGAAGGCCAGCACCUCACCAAAGUGGACCGCUCCGACGAGAUCAUCAAACCCAAGACGGUCGGCCACGCGGUCGGCCAGGCGAUCAUCGCCCGCCGGAACCAGAUCCUUCCCAAAAUGACGCAGAAGGACCUGGCCAACAAGGUCAACACCCAAGCCAGUGUGAUCCAGGCGUACGAGAACGGGUCGGCGGCCCCGGACCAGCAACUGCUCGCGAAGCUGGAGCGAGUGCUGGGCGUCAAGCUGCGGGGGACUGAUAUUGGGGCUCCCCUCGGGGGCCCGAAGAAGAAGUGA